UGGUCAUCACCUCCAGAAGCCAUUGAACGCUCUAAAUCUCAAGAAAUAUGGUUUGCUCCACCUCAGUUUUAUGAACUGUGUAGGCUGUGCAACUUCUCUUCACUCCGUGAGUUACACAAGUUCAGCUCUGAUCGAGCUCUGGAGGGAUGUGAACGUUGGAUGCCUGUCUUGCUGAACGCUUCAGAUGGCCACAUUCAGCUCUUGCCAGGAGAUGAGUUAUAUCCAGAAGACCCAGACUAUACAGGAGAAAAGAAAAUAAGCAUGUCAACAGAUAAGAAGAUAGAAGAUCUCAUGAAAGAGGGCAGUGUGUUUCACAGAAUAGUGAUAAAACCCGGCAACUGUCUUGCCAUCUAUGUGAAUAUUGAAGCAAAAUAUAAACAUAUGAAUCCACUGAUGAUAAACUGUUCAAAUCACAAUAGCAGAUUAUAG